AUUUGGCGGUUUGCUCACUAGCUAAUGAUGCUAGGAGCAGUGAGUGCGGGCGCAGCGCCGCUGUCCCUAACAAAAAACAGCAAAUAAAAACACGAAAAUCUACAUCGAGUCAAGGCUUUUCAAAGUUGUAUGAAAGACAAGUUAUUGGCGACUUUUUAAAUGCAACAGUACAUAAUAACGACACCGACGCUGGCUCAUAGAGAAGAUGUUUAGCGAUAGAUGUUAGCUUGCAGGCUAUUAGCUAAUGUUAGUUAGCAAUCAUCUAACAUAUCAAGCUGGCUAAAACCUCAAUGUACGGAAUCUGAACAAAAGUCACGCAAGGAUGUCGGACUCAGACAGCGAUGAGGACCAAGACCGUCCUUUCUCCCUGACCGGCUUCCUCUUCGGAAACAUCAACGAGGAUGGCCAGCUGGAGGACGACAGCGUUCUGGACAAUGAGUCAAAGAAACAUCUGGCUGGUUUGGGCUCUCUGGGUCUGGGCUCACUCAUCACAGAGAUCACUGCCAGUGAGGAGGACGAUCAAGAAGAGAACAGAGACUCUGGUGCUACAGAUGCAGAUGGUUGGGUGAAAAGCACGGAAGAUGCAGUCGACUAUUCUGAUAUCAGUGAGGUUGCUGAGGAUGAAACAAAGAAGUACCGUCAGGCCAUGGGCUCUCUGCAGCCCAGCAGGAAAACAGAUGACGAGGAUGACUAUGACGCCGACUGCGAGGAUAUUGAUUCCAAGCUCAUGCCUCCUCCACCUCCACCAAGUCUGCCUACAUCUGGCAAGAAAGAGGAGCCCUCUCCUCAGAGUGCAGGUGUUGGGGAAGAUGGUGAUGGCAUCAUCCUGCCCUCCAUCAUCGCCCCGUCCUCCACGGGGGACAAGGUGGACUUCAGCAGCUCUUCAGACUCUGAGUCGGAGACGGACCGUCCUUGCCAGGGCUCAGGGGCUGGAGGCCCACCAGACAGGCUCAACCUGCCUCUGGCUGGUAUCAUGCAGAAAGACGCCGCCAAAGCCCUGCCAGGCGUCACAGAGCUCUUCCCGGUGUUUAGGCCUGGAAAGGUACUCAGGUUCUUACGGCUGUUCGGCCCUGGAAAGAAUAUGCCAUCAGUUUGGAGGAGCGCCCGCAGGAAGAAGAAGAGGAAGCACCGGGACCCUCAACCUGGGACGCCUCCUCCAGAAGGAGAGCCCGCAGAGCCAUGCCAGGAGAAGAGGUCUGGUUGGACUUAUGAGUUUGCACCGCCUCCACCCCCAGAGCAGUGUCUCUCUGACGAUGAGAUAACCAUGAUGGCUCCGGUGGAGUCCAAGUUCUCUCAAACAUGUGGAGAUGGGGACAAAGAGACAGAGUCUCGACCCAAGGUAGCUGAGUGGAGGUACGGUCCAGCACAACUCUGGUAUGACAUGCUGGGGGUCCCUGAGGAUGGAAGCAACUUCAACUACGGCUUCAAGCUGAAAGAUGAGCAGUCCGAGGAGCCUCAGACGCAGGAGAACCCCGAAGUAACAACAGAGACUGCUGAAGAGGAUGGGGACAAUAAUGAGGACAAAUCGACUCUUGAGAACGAGCUCUUCCUGAUGGUCACCCAGCUCCAGUGGGAGGACGACAUCAUUUGGAACGGGGAGGAUGUAAAACACAAGGGCACCAAGACUCAGCGAGCCAGCCUGGCAGGGUGGCUACCUUCAAGCAUGACGCGCAAUGCCAAUGCUUAUAAUGCACAGCAGGGUCUGACUAGAAGUAAUUCCCAGUUGGUGCCACCCACACCUCCACCCAUGCCCAAAGCUUCAUCAAUCUCUGGCUCCAAGCGGGAUAAAAACAGCCAUGACCAUCAAGCUUCUCAUGAAGAAGACUGUCCCUGGUUCUCCAUCUUUCCCAUUGACAAUGAGGAGCUGGUGUACGGACGAUGGGAGGACAACAUUAUCUGGGACGACCAGUCGAUGGACCACUUACUUAUUCCGCCUGUUCUUACUCUGGACCCCAAUGACGAGAACAUCAUUCUCGAAAUUCCUGAUGAGAAGGAGGAGAGAACGUCCCACUCCCCUUCAAAAGAGAACAAGAAGGAGUCGGCGAUGAAGAAGAGCCGCAUCCUGCUGGGGAAGACUGGGGUGAUAAAAGACGAGCCUCAGCAGAACAUGUCGCAGCCAGAGGUGAAGGACCCCUGGAACCUGUCCAAUGAUGAAUUCUACUACCCCAAACAGCAGGGCCUGAGGGGAACGUUUGGUGGUAACAUCAUUCAGCACUCCAUCCCAGCAGUGGAGCUUAGACAGCCCUUCUUCCCCACCCACAUGGGACCCAUGAAGCUGCGCCAGUUCCACCGUCCCUCUCUGAAGAAGUAUUCAUUUGGAGCGUUGGCUCAACCAGGACCACACCCUUCCCAGCCACUGCUCAAACAUAUCAAGAAGAAGGCCAAGAUGCGAGAGCAGGAGCGGCAGGCCUCAGGUGGAGGAGACAUGUUCUUCAUGCGAACAGCCCAGGACCUGACGGGCAAAGACGGGGAUCUGAUCCUGGCAGAGUACAGCGAAGAAUACCCGCCUCUCAUCAUGCAAGUCGGCAUGGCCACCAAAAUCAAGAACUACUACAAAAGGAAACCCGGGAAGGACCCUGGAGCACCAGAUUGUAAAUAUGGAGAAACUGUGUACUGCCACACGUCUCCUUUCCUGGGUUCUCUGCACCCUGGACAGCUGCUGCAGGCAUUCGAGAACAACCUUUUCCGUGCUCCGAUCUAUCUGCACAAGAUGCCAGAGACAGACUUCCUGGUCCUGCGAACGCGGCAGGGCUACUUCAUCAGAGAGAUCGUAGACAUUUUUGUGGUUGGUCAGGAGUGUCCCUUGUUUGAGGUUCCAGGACCGAACUCCAAACGAGCCAACACCCACAUCAGAGACUUCCUUCAGGUGUUCAUUUACCGCCUGUUUUGGAAGAGCAAAGAUCGGCCUCGAAGAAUCCGCAUGGAGGACAUAAAGAAAGCAUUUCCCUCGCACUCUGAGAGCAGCAUCCGUAAACGCCUGAAACUUUGCGCUGACUUCAAACGCACGGGAAUGGACUCAAACUGGUGGGUGCUGAAGCCUGACUUCAGAUUGCCGACAGAAGAGGAGAUCAGAGCUAUGGUGUCUCCAGAGCAGUGCUGCGCCUACUACAGCAUGCUGGUGGCUGAGCAGAGACUCAAGGAUGCUGGUUAUGGCGAGAAAUCCUUCUUUGCUCCAGAGGAAGAGAAUGAAGAAGACUUUCAGAUGAAGAUUGAUGAUGAGGUCAGGACAGCCCCGUGGAACACAACAAGAGCCUUCAUUGCUGCCAUGAAGGGGAAAUGUCUGCUGGAGGUCACGGGGGUGGCUGAUCCCACAGGCUGUGGAGAGGGUUUCUCUUACGUCAAAGUUCCCAACAAGCCCACCCAGCAGAAGGAUGACAGGGAGCCACAGCCAGCUAAGAAAACUGUGACGGGAACAGAUGCUGACCUGAGGAGACUCUCACUUAAGAAUGCCAAGCAGCUGCUGCGCAAGUUUGGUGUUCCAGAGGAGGAGAUCAAGAAGCUGUCCCGUUGGGAGGUGAUCGAUGUGGUGAGGACCAUGUCCACAGAGCAGGCACGUUCAGGCGAGGGACCCAUGAGCAAGUUCGCCAGAGGUUCCCGUUUCUCUGUCGCUGAACACCAGGAGCGCUACAAGGAAGAGUGCCAGAGGAUCUUUGACCUGCAGAACAAAGUUUUGGAGUCAACGGAGGUGCUUUCCACCGACACAGACAGCAGCUCAGCAGAGGACAGCGACUUUGAGGAGAUGGGGAAGAACAUUGAGAACAUGCUGCAGAACAAGAAGACAAGCUCCCAGCUCUCCCGAGAGAGGGAGGAGCAGGAGAGGAAGGAGCUGCAGAGGAUGCUUAUGGGCGAGGAGAGUGACCGCGACAACAAGGGACGCAAGGAGCGGCGCAAGGGCCUGUCAAGCUCCAUGUCCACCAGCUCCCACAAGGAUGACGACGCGUCCUCCGUCACCAGCCUGAACUCAUCAGCUACUGGGCGGCGACUUAAGAUCUAUCGCACCUUCAGGGAUGAGGAUGGCAAGGAGUACGUCCGCUGUGAGACGGUGCGCAAGGCCGCCGUCAUCGACGCCUACACCAGGAUCCGAACCACCAAGGACGACGAGUUCAUACGAAAGUUUGCCCUCUUCGAUGAGCAGCACAGAGAGGAGAUGAGGAAGGAACGCCGGCGGAUUCAGGAGCAGCUGAGGAGGUUGAAACGUAACCAGGAGAAGGACAAGUUCAAGGGCCCGCCGGAGAAGAAGGCCAAGAAGGUUAAGGAGCGACCAGACCUCAAGCUAAAGUGUGGAGCUUGUGGAGCCAUCGGACACAUGAGGACCAACAAGUUCUGCCCGCUGUACUAUCAGACCAACGCGCCGCCCUCCAACCCUGUCGCCAUGACAGAAGAGCAGGAGGAGGAGCUGGAGAAGACGGUCAUCCACAACGACAACGAGGAGCUGAUCAAGGUGGAGGGAACCAAGAUCGUCUUGGGCAAGCAGCUCAUUGAAAGUGCUGAUGAGGUCCGCAGGAAGUCCUUAGUCCUCAAGUUCCCCAAACAGCAGGUCCCACCAAAGAAGAAGAGGCGCGUAGGCAGCGCUGUGCACUGCGACUACCUCAAUAGGCCACACAAGUCCAUCCAUCGCAGACGCACUGACCCCAUGGUGACCUUGUCGUCUGUCCUUGAGAGCAUUAUUAAUGACAUGCGGGAUCACCCCAACACCUAUCCAUUCCACACACCAGUCAAUGCCAAAGUGGUGAAGGACUACUACAAAAUCAUCACCCGGCCAAUGGACUUGCAAACACUGAGGGAGAAUGUACGCAAGCGGAUGUACCCAUCUCGGGAGGAAUUCCGUGAAAACGUGGAGCUUAUUGUCAAAAACAGCGCCACAUACAAUGGGGCAAAGCAUCCAAUCACCCAGGUGGCGCAGUCAAUGCUGGACCUGUGCGAUACCAAACUGAAAGAGAAGGAAGACAGGCUGGUGAGGCUGGAGAAAGCCAUCAAUCCGUUGCUGGAUGAUGACGAUCAGGUGGCCUUCUCCUUCAUCCUGGAUAACAUUGUGACACAGAAAAUGAUGGCGGUUCCUGAUUCGUGGCCAUUCCACCAUCCUGUUAACAAGAAGUUUGUGCCAGAUUACUACAAGGUGAUCGUCAGCCCCAUGGAUCUGGAGAACAUCCGCAAGAACAUCUCCAAACAUAAGUACCAGAACCGAGAAGCCUUCCUGUCCGAUGUCAUUCUCAUCCACAACAACAGCAUCAAGUACAACGGCCCAGACAGCCCUUACACUAAGACCGCCCUGGAGAUUGUCAACGUGUGUAAGCAGACCUUGUCAGAGUAUGAUGAGCACCUGACGCAGCUGGAGAAGGACAUCUCCACCGCUAAAGAGGCAGCCCUGGACGCAGCCGACUUGGAGAGCCUGGACCCGAUGACUCCAGGGCCGUACACACCACAGCCUGCUGAUCUAUUUGACAGUGGGGCUUCAGGAAGUCUGUCCAGAGAGACCGGCAGCCUUUUCUCUGAGGGACCUCUAGUGGUUGCUCCAGAGAAGAGAGGGGGGCAGGGUCGUCACGGCAGAAGACUUGGGGAAGAAGAGUCUGACGUGGAUAUCGAAGGCUUCGAGGAGGAAGAUGAUGGAAAACCCAAGACUCCAGCUCCUGCCGAGGACGGGGACGGAGAUCUGGAUGACGACGAGGAUGAAGAGGAGAUUCUGCUUCCGCCCCGCAGACGCCUGCACGGCCAGGAGGAAGAGGAGGAAGAGGAGGAGGAGGAAGGUGAGGACGAAGGGUCCAGCCGCCCGGCCCAGGCCAGCGUGCUAUACCAGGACCUGCUCAUGUCCGACGGAGAGGACGACGCCAGCGAAGAGGAGGGCGACAACCCAUUCUCCUCCAUUCACCUGUCGGAGAGCGGCAGCGACUCAGACAGAGAGGUGGACGUGCGGCCCGCGCCUCCACGCAGAGCUCAAGAGACAGCCCGCAUGGGCAUGGAGCAGGACGAGAGCAUGAUGUCAUAUGAAGGGGACGGACCUGACGAGCCGCACAUGGAGGACAGUAAUGUCAGUUACGGCAGCUACGAGGAGACAGAGAGCCAGAGUCAGAUGCAGCCUGGCAGCAUGGGAAACGGGGAGGAGUACGGCAUCAGUGAGGAAGAGGAGGAGGAGGAUGACGAGGAGGAAGCCAGAAGGCGAGGCCCAGCCGUCCUCUCUCAGGUCCAGCUCAGCGAAGACGAGGAGAGCGAAGAGUUCAGAUCCAUCGGAGGAGACAGCGACAUGGACUCGGACAAUUAGGGAAAUUUAAAUUUUUGUACAGUUUUCUUGAAGGUCAUCGUGAAUACGUUUUUUUUUUAAUUCCACUGUCAGAAAUCGAUGCAGUGGGACUUUAAUUGUCUACCGUCUGAGCUUUGUUUCUUAAGGUCAUGCUUGUUGAAGCAUUUUGAAAAAUUUUGUUUUACUGUCACCAUGAUGACGUCUGCGGUGCUUUUAGGUCUGUGGUACCUACAUAGUAAACAUGGUGUAAUAUACAACAGGACAUACAAUGUUUUAGUUAAAAUAACACUGUUCACCAUGAUGUACGUUGAAAAAAAGUGUUUGUUCAGGGGUUCUGCAUCGUUUCAAUUGCCAUUUUAAAAACAAAAAUUUUAAGUUUAUUUUCAGUGUUGCUCACAUGGCAAGGCGACAGCAAAUUAAGUUGAUUAUCUCAAAUGUGAAGUUGAGCUGCUUCUGACGCUGUAAUCCUGCAACUGUUUAUUAUGUCCCAUUCAAGUGUAAAUACAGCUGGGCAACUUGCUUAAGAUGUGUCUGAAAUGAGCGUAAUAUAUAAUCUGAGGUUAUGCUCUUGUGUUCUUGUAUUAUAUGAGGCUUUGUGACCCACAUGGCUUUUAAUUUGUUUUUUCUAAGCUUGAAAUAUAAAAAGACACAAUAAAUUUGAAUCUGUACCAUUUUGUAGACUGA